AAACCGCACUGGACUGGACACUGCCAGUUCGGAGUCCCAGCAGGUCCGCGACGGCGAGGAGGGGAGAAAAGUCGCAGGAGAGAGCGGGGGUAGGGGAGGCCGGGAGGGAAAGGCAAAGCAGCGGCAAGCGCAGGCGCAAAAAGCAAAUCAAAGCCGCCACCACCGGCAGCCGCCGAGGCCGCGCCGCGGGAGGAAAAGCAAAGUGAAAUAUAUCCAUUCCACCCCCGCACCGCCGCCGCCCCUCCCGAACCCUAACCCCGCGCGCAUGGGCCCCGCCUCGCCGGCGACGCGACGAGCGCACCGGCCCCCGCCGGUCAGGCGCCGGUAGCUCCAGCAGCAGCAGCGGGCCGCCGCCGCCCGCGGCGGUGAGAUGGCGCGGCUCGGGCGGGCGGGCUGCCGCGCCGGUCGAGGAAUGUCUGAGGAUACUUUGAGAAAUUUUACGUUCAAUUUCUUGGCAGCUGUGCUGAUCCUGGAAUUUCUCAGUGGGAUCAAUUUGAUUAUUCAAACAUCAGCUCUAGAAGUAGUGGCUCCUGCAAUGCCUCCAUCUCGAGGUCGGAUACCAUUUCAUUACAUGGCAUCCCGAGAUGAAGUCCUCAUAGGUGUUUCAGUGCAACCAGUGGAUGGCCGACAAAGACAAAAGAAGCUAUAUUCACCAACAGUUACCCUGUCAUCCACACAUCCUCCUAUUUCAGCGCCUAGCUAUAGUUCCAUGCCUGGUGCUUUAGAUCUGGCCAUUUAUUCCUCAGAUCUAUCACUUCCUUUGGUGCACCAUGACAGACGCUUAGCAAUGUCUGCUCCUUCUCAUGUUGAUGCUGACGCUCCAGAUGCAGCUUCAAACUCUAGCGCAGCUCCUUCUGGAUUAGUGCAACCUCCAGUAUCCCCUCACAACGGCUGUUGUGCACCAAACAUGGUACAAAAACGAGGGACUCAAGACUGCCAUUGUGUUUAUCCAGUGAGAGUUGAGCUGUUCCUUCGAAAUGUUUCCUUGACUUCAAAUUGGAGCAAUGAAUUUCUUCAAGAACUUGCUUCACAGCUCAACCUUCGUGUUAAUCAGUUUGAGAUUGUAAAUUUUUAUGUUGUUGGAGCUUCUGGACUAAAUAUCACAAUGGAUAUAGCACCCCAUACUGGAAUCAGCUUUGCAGCCGAUCAAGUUAACACAAUGAAUUAUUCACUUAGUCAGCAUACAGUUCGGAUUGAUCCUGUGUUGGUCGGGGAUUAUAAUCUUCUUAAUUUAACAUGGUUCAGGCCAUCGGCCCCAGCCCCAGCUCCAGCAUUCACAAUAGCACCUAAGGCCUCUCCAUCUACAGCGCACAAAGUACCAAGAUUGAGUGAGGAUCCGAGCAACAAUAGACAUACAAGCCUGAUUACUGUCAUUAUCAUAUGUGUUGGUGCUCUAAUUGGUGUCUUGCUGAUCGUUUUAACAAUUUGCUUCUGCACAUUUAGGAAAGGGAAAAAGAAAGUGCCUCAUGUUGAAACACCCAAGCAAAGGACGCCGGAUGCAGUUUCUGCAGUGGAGUCACUUCCUCGCCCCACCAGCACAAGGUUCCUUUCAUAUGAAGAACUGAAAGCGGCAACAAAUAACUUUGAGCCUUCAAGCGUGCUUGGAGAAGGUGGUUUUGGCCGUGUCUUUAAGGGGGUACUUAGUGACGGUACUGCUGUCGCUAUAAAGAAGCUUACUAGCGGAGGGCACCAAGGAGAUAAGGAGUUUUUAGUUGAAGUGGAAAUGUUGAGCAGGUUGCACCACCGAAAUCUUGUGAAACUCAUUGGUUACUAUAGCAGCCGUGAGUCAUCACAGAACCUUCUCUGUUACGAGCUUGUUCCCAAUGGGAGCCUAGAGGCUUGGCUUCACGGCGCACUAGGUGCUAACUGCCCCUUGGAUUGGGACACCAGGAUGAGGAUAGCUCUUGAUGCUGCCAGGGGAUUAGCAUACCUCCAUGAGGAUUCGCAGCCCUGUGUAAUCCACAGGGAUUUCAAAGCUUCUAAUAUAUUGCUUGAGAAUGAUUUUCAUGCUAAAGUGUCCGAUUUUGGUUUGGCAAAACAGGCGCCUGAAGGUCGGGCUAAUUAUCUUUCAACUCGUGUCAUGGGAACUUUCGGGUACGUUGCACCGGAGUAUGCCAUGACAGGGCACUUGCUUGUAAAAAGUGAUGUAUAUAGCUAUGGAGUUGUUCUUCUUGAACUACUAACUGGGAGGAGGCCUGUUGAUAUGUCACAGCCUUCUGGGCAGGAAAACCUGGUGACAUGGGCACGGCCGAUUCUUCGAGAUCAAGAUAGAUUAGAUGAACUAGCUGACCCCAGGCUUGGUGGCCAGUACCCAAAAGAUGAUUUUGUGCGGGUGUGCACAAUUGCAGCAGCUUGUGUUUCACCAGAGGCAAACCAAAGGCCAACAAUGGGCGAGGUGGUGCAGUCGCUCAAGAUGGUGCAACGAUCGGUGGAGUUCCAGGAAUCUAUCCCGACACCGCCUGCCCGCCCCAAUAUCCGGCAGUCUUCGACGACCUACGAAUCUGAUGGUACCUCAUCCAUGUUCUCUUCCGGCCCCUUCUCAAGCCUCAGCCCCUUUGACACCGAAACUAUUCCAAGAACCGCUGUUUUCUCAGAAGAUCUCCAUGAAGGCCGAUGACUGAUGGGGGCAGUUGCCUUGCCGAGCUGUUUCUCUAGAGCUUGUAGCGGUGUAGUCACCCAUUGCAAGGCUGGUGGCGCAAGUGGCCUGACCAGUCAUUUGGGAAGAGGUACAUGUAAAUUCCAUUUUUAUUCACCAUCUCAAAAGACUGGAUUGUUACAAGGACGUUCGAUGGCUUUGUAUGAAAGAAAUGGUUUUGUUCA